UUCCACAUCUGAAAGUGGCCCCAACUGUGAAAAAAAUAGAAAGGAAAAGACACCUCUUGCACCUUCAAUGAUCCCAAUAGCUUCUAGCCUGAAGGUUCGCAUACCACCAUCACAGUAUAAAAAAAACCUGACCACAAAAAUAAUUGACCUAUAUCUUGCUCCAGAAGUGGCAGCUGAGAAACCUGGAUGCCCAAACCAAGAGGACCUGAAGAAUCCAAACCCACCAACCGCAGAUACU